AUGGCAGGGCGCCGGUGCUAUGGCCCUAUUUUCCCCUCUGCUGCACCUCAGCACACUUCUGCUUCUGCAGAAACCAGCUGCAUUUUCCUUUUGAAGCAGGGCACAGUGCGCAGGGCCAUCGGGGCCAGCCGGGGCAUGGCCCAGAGUGUGGUCUAUGCUGACCUGAAGUUUGCCGCGGGCCCCCCACCCACCGUCCCCGAUGAUGAUGACAGUCCCUACGAGAACGUGCCGCUGGGGCCGGUGACAGCAGCGCCCAGCCCAGGGCUCUGGACCCGGCGAUGGCGCGACCCCACAACGCUGCUGGCAGCCAGCCUGCUCCUGCUGCUGCUGCUGUUGGUGGCCGUCGUGGCCCUGGGGGCUUGCUACUGGCAGGUUUCCCGCAGCUUGCAGGACACCUUCCAUGAGCACAUGACCGAGCAGGGCCGCCUGUCACAGGCACUGAGGGCACAGGGGCAAAGCCUUGAGCAGACACAACUGGAGCUGGCAUGGGCUAGAGAAGAGCUGCAGCGAGUAUGGCAUGAGUACAACAUUACCCAGAUGGAGCUGGAAAAAAGGAAUGCUGAGCUGGGGCAUACCCAGCAAGAGCUGGCUGUGUUGCAGAAGGAGAUGCAGGUGGUGCAGGGGAGGCUCAGCACCAGUGAGAGCACUGUGAGCAGCCUGCGUGCCUGCGUGAACACAGAUUGCUGCCCCAAGGGCUGGGUACUCUAUAAGAGCAAGUGUCUCUACAUCUCGGUGACAAACAAGACCUGGAAGCAGAGCCAGGAAGACUGUAUUAAUCGAUCUGCUCAACUGCUGACAAUUGACCAAGACAAGUGGCCACCAUUGACAGUGCCGUAUUUUGUGCACGAGUCUAAUGCAAAAUACUGGAUUGGACCAAGAAUUUCUUACAGGACCAGGAGAUCUUCUGUGAGAACAGAAAGCAGGUACCACUUUUAAGUGCAAGAGAAACACCAUAAUUCAGAGUGCUGGUCAGUAGUUACCUGGGAAAUGUGGAAUUAUCCUUGCGACCGUACCUUCCAGUGGAUCUGCGAGAAAUCCCCAGAGCUGAGCAGUGCAUCUGAGACCCGAGCUCCUUUUCUGGCCGAGGACUGA